AUGGAAAAUUUCAUUCUGGCCACGGCCGAUCUUUUCGAGGCGUUUCCUGGGGCAACGGUGUCCAUCACCUAUUCCAACGUGGGCAAGAAAAACGCCGAGCCCAAACAAUCUGCCGCUUCCCAUAUAGCCAAGUUCAAAGUUUUCGAUGCCCACACGGGAAAAUGUAUAAGGUACAAAACGUCCAAAUCGAAAGAAGUGUCUCGGAUAUUGACCUACCUAGGCCCACGUGGCGUGCUGGGCUUGAAGAGGCAACACGAGGGCGAGCAUGAGGAAAACAAGAAACAGAGAGUUGGAGUUUCCAGUAUCAUGGCGAACUCCAAGUUUGAGGAGCCCGAGGUGACGGCAGAGCCUGAGAAGGUGGAGGAGGAGACGAAAAAACCCAAGAAGAAGAAGAAGGGCAAGAAAAAGUGA